CUCAACCAAACGCAUGAUUUUUCUCUGGAUUUAUACGUGGUCUUGGUGUCAACUUCCUAAAGCAUCCUACCUAGAGUUACUCGUGUUUUCUGAGGAAUCUUCCCCGGGUACAGGUUAAUUAGAUCUCGAGGCUAGAUUUUUGUAGGCCUAAAAACAAUGAUGGCGUUGUUUAUAUAGCUGUGAAGGUGGAUCGAAUGUUGCUGCUGUUUAUAAAAUCAUGCGAGGCAGCACGGAACAGAUUUAGACUAUAAUUUGAGUGGAACAUUCUACUUAAAACACUUUCUAAUUUGGCAUAUUUGCCUCCACAUGACAGACAACCAUAGCCUAAACAUUGACUUGUCAUUACCUGAAUGUGUCACCAGCUAGUUAGCUAGCCUCUGGUUAGAUUGAUUGCAACAGCUUGGUGGUGAAUGAAUGUCAGAUAACCAUGAAUGUUUGUAGUAGAAAACGUAUUGCUGAAUCCAAAUCCGGAUUACAGUUUUCACAUUUUGAGAAAGGAGAAGAAUGCCAUUCUUUCGCGAGCAUUCUUUGGUGUGCCCGCGGUGGCCUCAGAACACGGGCAUCAUCUUGGGACCCAUGAAAUGUAGUCAACUCUGCGUGUGAAUAAUGAGCGUGUGGAACUGUUGGAGCUGGUCCUUCACAUAGGGGAAGAGUUGCUGAAAUGCGGACAAAAAGUGUCUGCUGAAAUUACGCCCAGAGAGACACUGAAACAAGCCCAAGUGUUUGGUGGCUCCUCUACGCGUUAAGGCACUGAGGUGUCUGUUGUUCUGGGCCUCCCAGGGUGGUCAGAUUCCUAAGGGCUGGAGUGAAAUGAACAGCAUCAGGGACACUCACGGUACCACUGCAGUCUACCAGCCUCCGGACCAGUUCGACCCGGACCAGUUCGACCAGGACCAGUUCGACCUGGACCAGUUCGACCAGGACCAGUUCGACCAGGACCAAUUCCACCCAGACCAGUUCGACCCGGACCUGUUCGACCAGGACCAGUUCGACCCGGACCAGUUCGACCAGGACCAAUUCCACCCAGACCAGUUCGACCCGGACCUGUUCGACCAGGACCGGUUCGACCCGGACCAGUUCGACCAGGACCAAUUCCAUCCAGACCAGUUCGACCCGAACCUGUUCGACCAGGAGAGGAGUUGACUCAGAUGAUUGUUGGGAUGCUGGCCGCAGAGCUUCUGGCUCCAGCUACCUGGCAGGUGGCUACGUGGUGGAUGGCUGGACGGCUUCCCCAGAACACAGACCAGCCCCUUGGUGCACACAGUACUGGGACUGCAGGUCCACUUCAGCAACAUCCCCACCGGGCCAAAGAACCAGCCAGCUCAUACCACAAGAAAUAAGCAAAACCACAAAACUCUUCUGUGUCCCAAAUGGCACCUUUUUCCUUUUUUGGUUUAAAAGAAUAGUAGGGUACUAUAUACUAAAAUACAUUGCCAUUUGGGACCAUAACUUCUUGUACUUUUAGGUGCCGUCUUUGUAUGUUUACAGUCACUUCAUAAAUGGUGCUAAAACUGGAAAUGAAUUAAAUAAUGAAUUAAACAACAGCCUUGUCUGAAUGGUGACAUCAUUUAAGACAUUGGUCUUGCUCUGGGCUAACAGAGGUGAGGACAGGCAGGGGAUUCCUUGUUUCUCCUCUAGCAAGACCCUCUGGCAAGUUGGAGGCCGACAAGUGAUUUGGUUGAGCAGGUAGUGUUGAACAAAUCUGAACGUCUUGUU